AUGGCGGAAGUACAAAGCGCUGGUUAUGAUGAGUUCCCCACUGUGGACAAAUGCGUAAGCACAGGAAGAGAAGGACAGACGGUUGUGGCAGAUUUAGAUGGGACUCUCCUUCGAGGAAGAAGCUCUUUUCCUUAUUUUGCCAUAUUUGCGUUUGAAUUGGGAGGAAUUUUUCGUAUGGCGUUUCUGUUACUGGCGGCACCCUUAGCGGGCAUCCUGUAUUAUUUCGUCUCAGAGUCGGCGGGAAUUCAAGUGCUUAUUUUCAGCACUUUUGUGGGAGCCAAAGUUUCAGACAUCGAAUCAAUUGCCCGUGCAGUUAUUCCCAAAUUCUAUUCGGAGGAUCUGCACCCUGAGUCAUGGCGGGUCUUCUCUUCUUGUGGAAAGCGCUACGUUUUGACGGCCAAUCCCCGCAUCAUGGUGGAGGUGCUUCUGAAAGAUUACUUGGGCACUGAUAUGGUGAUAGGGACAGAGAUUUCUUCGGUUGCAGGGCGGGCGACUGGGUUUGUGAAGAGCCCAGGUGUGCUCGUGGGUAGCAAGAAGGCUGAUGCUUUGGUGAAGGCCAUGGGAGAUGAUGUUUCAGACAUUGGGCUUGGAGACCGCAAGACGGAUUUUCCUUUCAUGAGACUCUGUAAGGAGGGAUACGUUGUUCCUGCAAUGCCAAAGGUAGAGGCAGUAACCAGAGACAAACUACCCAAGCCUAUUAUCUUCCAUGACGGUCGUCUGGUGCACCGCCCCACACCAAUUCUAGCGCUCAUUACAAUUCUAUGGUUUCCUGUGGGAUUUAUAUUGGCCUGCCUCCGCAUAGCUGCAGGUGCUCUUCUCCCCAUGUCCAUUGUCUACCAUGCUUUCCUCGUCCUGGGUGUUCGGGUCCGAAUCAAUGGGAGUCCUCCACCGGCCUCAGAUAAAGAAAAGAACCAAAAUGGUGUUCUCUUCAUUUGCUCACACCGCACUCUAUUGGAUCCCAUUUUCCUCUCCACAGCAGUCGGGCGCCCCGUUUCAGCAGUCACCUACUCUGUCUCUCGUGUGUCUGAGUUCUUGUCUCCAAUCAAAACUGUUCCUUUGAGCCGAGAGAGGGCCAAGGAUGCGGCCAUGAUAAAGUCCUUGCUAGAGGAAGGUGACCUAGUGAUAUGCCCCGAGGGGACAACAUGCAGAGAGCCCUUCUUGUUGCGCUUCAGUGCAUUGUUUGCCGAAUUGACAGACCAAAUUGUACCUGUGGCCAUGCGCAAUGAGAUGUCCAUGUUCCAUGGCACAACUGCUCGUGGGUGGAAGGGCAUGGAUGCCUUUUACUUCUUCAUGAAUCCUAGUCCCCUUUAUGAAGUCAACUUUCUCAAUAAGUUGCCUAUUGAGCUCACAUGCACUGGGGGAAAGACUUCUCAUGAGGUGGCCAAUUAUAUUCAAAGGGUGAUUGCAGCUACCCUCUCAUUUGAAUGCACAAACUUUACUCGAAGGGAUAAGUAUAGUGCUCUUGCAGGGAAUGAUGGUACCGUUGCUGAGAAGAAGACGAGUGGUCUUGUUGCCAACAAAGCCAUGGGAUGCUGACAUUGAAAAUUCCAUUUUGUGGGGUCGAUUUGUUUCGUUGUUCAUGUGUGUUUGUCAUGUUGCCAAGGAACAUUUUCAUUUGGUGUUUUUCUUGUUUUCAAUGUUGUCUUAAAGACAUUUUGUGUUUGGUCAUAUGGUAUGAAAUUGCCCUCACCUAAGAAGACUCUCUAAUGCUUGUUAAAAGCUUUG